UAGUGGACCCGAGAAAAAGCCCGUUAUUGUUGAUUUAAUUAAAUAGGGAAUGAAUGGAGAUGAAACGGUUCAAAUCUUUGAACUCAAGGAUGCUCGGUCAGUGCCAGAUCCUGUUCAUCCAUAUGAUGCAAGUUACCGAGGAUUACCUCUCAUAAUUGACAAUGGGUCACAUCACUGCCGUGUAGGCUGGGCAACUGAUGAUGAGCCAAGAAUUUUGUUUCGAAACUGCUAUGCAAAACACAGAAAAGACAGAGGGAAAAAAAUUGCAGCGGAAACUGAAAUCUUAGUUGCAAACGAUAUUGGAAAUAUUGAGGCCGUCAGAUUCCAGUUGAAGUCCCCUCAUGACGAGAAUGUUGUUACACACUUCGAAGCUCAAGAAACAAUGUUUGACUAUACGUUCUCUCAUUUGGGCAUCAACACUCCUCAGGUGGACCAUCCAAUAAUCCUGACAGAGGCAUUCUGCAAUCCAAACUACUCAAGGCAGUUAAUGUCAGAGCUUCUGUUUGAGUGUUAUGGGGUCCCAAGUGUGUCUUACUGUGUUGAUGGUCUGUUGAGUUAUCACAGAAAUAACCCAAAGAAGCAUGAUGGACUCCUCGUCAACAUUGGCAAUUGUACAACACAUGUGAUACCAAUCUUGGAUGGCUAUGCUGAUGCUGCAAGCUCACGUAGAAUAAGAAUGGGAGGUCUUCACUUAACAAAAUUCUUGUGGAGAUGGCUGCAGCUGAGGUUCCCAUUGCACCUCAAUGCUAUUACUAUAUCAAGAGCAGAGGAGAUUCUUCAUAACCACAUGUACAUUGCUGAGGAUUACAUGUCAGCAAUAUCUAAAUGGUCAGAUGUAAGUUACUAUGAAAAAUAUGUUAGAAGAAUUCAGCUUCCUUUUGUGGCUGCACCAGUCAGCACAGUGUCGGUGGAACAACAACGAGAGCGACGCAAAGAGGCAGCAAGGAGACUGGUCGAGUUAAAUGCCAAGAAGAGAGAGGAAAAGCUAAUAGAGGAUGAAGCAGAGCUAACUCGCCUAAUAGAGUUAGUGGAGGCCAUGGAAGAGUUCACACCAGAUGAGCCCGAGUAUCAGCAUGCUCUGGAGGAAGCAGAAGUUACAUCGCCAGAUGACCUCACCAAAAAGAUCACUCUUCUCCACCAGAAGAUUGAGAAGACUCGUCAGAAGAUGUUGCAGGCGACAUCUGCUGCUACUGAGGAGGAGGAACCCAAACCAAAGAGAGUGUGUGAAGACAUAAGCCCUAAGAAGAAGGCUGACCUAGAGCAAUGGGUUGAGGAAGUAAAACAGCAGUGGAGGGACAUUCAGGCACGCCGGGCAGCCAGGAGACACAAAAGACAGGAAAUGGCUAAGAGACGCACAGCAGCCUCACAAGAGAGAAUGCGCAUUAUUUCACAACUUGCUAGACGAGAGAAGAAAGAUGACAACUUUGGUAUGAGGGAUGAAGACUGGGAUGUAUAUAAGGCUAUUAACAAGGAAGGUGGAGGAUCAGACAGUGAAGAAGAAAACGAAAAGCUACAGGAGCUGGAGUCCGCCUUACGACAACACAGUCCUGAGUUCUUAGGUGACACCACUGCCAGUAAACCCACUUCACUUGCUGAGAAUUACCAGAUUCAGCUCUCAACAGAACAGGCUAGAAUUGGAAGAGCUUUCUCUAUCCAACAUACAUGUACGGCUUGA